UCGUGACAGUAAAAGGAGAAACAAGAAGCUUAGCCCGAGGGAGGUUGAUGCUGAUGAGAUCCAUAAAACUUUGAAUGACAUAAAAGCAGCCAGCAAAGCCUGUAAGGAGGCGCAUAGACAAUGGGAAAAGGACAAGUAUUAUGAGCAAUGGGAUCCAGAAUAUCAAACUAGGGCCGAAAAGUUACUUUGUGCAGCUGACCAAUUUAGAAAGAAACUUGACUUGCCAUGGCCAAUGACAAAAUCAACUGAGGUGGAUGACUUGAAAGCUCGCCUCAAUAGAAUCACCCGCGACAAAGAGGAAGCAGAAUAUUGCCUCGAGGAAGCUGAAUUAGAAAUUGAAAGGCUAAAGGAUCGCUUAGGAGAUCAGCCUAGAAAAGGUAGACCACAAUCACCAGACAAAAUGCCAAAACGUCAUGCCGAACCUGAAUAUGAGCACAAGAUAGAAUCAGAUGACUCAAAGCGUCCAAGGAAAGAAGGAAGUAUUGAUCGUCGAGGUCCUUCUCGUACUCCGAUCCAUCGUCAAGAGAGUAACACUCAGAAUGCAAGAAGGGAAAGUGGCAACUACGAAGCUCUUCAAAAGGAAAUUGCGGAUCUGAAGAAGAAAUGUGAAAUACUUCUUGACGAAAAUAAGUCUUUGUCAGAUUUUCGAACGAAUGCUACAGCGACAUUGGACAAAGCAAGAGAUGAGGCUGCCAGAUACAAGAAACAGAUGGAGACCAGUGAUGCCACAAUACAUAAAUUUCAUCAAGAGAUUGACAAAUUGAAAAGCCAAUGCCAAGAAUUGGAUAGGUCUAUGAAAACUGAGCGUCAACAAAGAGAAGAAAUUCAACGCAGUCUGCAACAAAGUAAGGUGAAGGAAAAGGACCUGUAUGAUCAACUUGACAGACUUCAGCAGGUAUUGUCUGCAGAGAGACGAGCCAAAGAGGAGGCACUGGUCAGUGUGCGGCAUAGUCAGUCAAAAGAGGAAAAUUUACGUGACACCAUUGACAGGCUACAGAGGAACAUAUCAUCAGAGAGAGAGGCCAAGGACGAAGCAUUGCUCAGACUUAGUGCUGUUGCUGGUAACAAGCUCCGUGACAACAACCCUGGCAUCACUGACCUUAGUGACCCCAACCGACCAAUGAAGCUAGCUGAGAAAGUAUCUGAACUGUAUGAUAAUGAGUGGACAAAUGCAAUGGAGAACUUGGAGCGAUACAUGGAUGAAGAGAAGGCAAUAAAGGUGCUUCUCGAUAUCAUCACGAAUGUGUUUGAAACUUUUGAGGAAGCUGGUGAUGCCCAGACAAACUUUAUUUCUUCCCUUGAACUGCCCGUUGCUGUACCGGACAUUGAUAACCUCCAAAGCACUGCCAGGUCAUCUCUACUGAACAAUGGGAAGUUGACUGCAUUACCAACAGAAAUCACCAAACCACUGAAGGAUUACCGCAAGUCUCACUGUGAGACUGUUAGCCCACUGUUGACUGAGGUCAUGAAGUCAAGGCUACAAACGGUAUACCAAAUAGAUGGUAAAAUAAUUGAAGCUUGUAAAGAGUACAUUGAAUACAGUGUCAAGUACGUCUGGAUGAUGCGAGUGCAAGAUCCACCUGUUCACAUUGAAUGGGAAUUCUCUCACGGCGAGAAAUUUGAUCAUGACCGCCUUAGGUCAUACACAAAAGGUGGAGAUAGUUUAAAUUAUGUAGUGUGGCCCAUCCUGUACCUUUACAAAGGUGGGCCCAUGCUAGCCAAGGGAGUAGCUCAAGGCAUGAAAAAAAAACCAGAAUAAGUUACACACAAGAGUAUGCUUUAUUCGUCCUUUCAAGGAAAUCAUAUCAUUUCAAAAACACAACUGGGAUGUGCUAAUAAUUAUGGUUGUAAUAUUUUGUUUCAUAACUUUUUUGCUUGUUUCUUUGAAGAAGACUUGGAUUUUUGCUUGCUGCAAGAGGGAUGUCUAGCUUCUGUCAUUAUUACUGUUUGUUACUGCUGAUAUAUCACAUCGCCACAUAUGAUUCCUUUGGUGUAUUUCAAGGAAGAACGUGUUAUUUGAAUAUUACUACACAAAUUUAUUUUCUAUUUAGAGAACGCAAUUUGAAUUUAACAUUUCCAGAAAUUUUUUUAUUGAAGUUUAUGAAUACAAAAGCAGCGCAAGUGAUAUUGGUGUUGGAAGCAAGACCAUGGAAUACUGAAAUUUUCGGACACUUAGGUAUAAUGAAUAUUAGUGAUUUGUCAAAAACUCUUGCAUAACAAGUUGUGGUGAUAUUUGUCUUUAAGGCAAGUAAACUUAACCAUCCUAAUGCUGGAAUGAAAUCGUCUUUAUUGUAACUUCAUUAUUUGUAUGAAGUAUAUACCCAUGGUUGUAUUUAUACUUGGAUACCUAUUUUUUAACCAGCAUCUGUGACAAUGGUGUAUUGCUAGACUUAAUAUUUCACUAAUGUUUUCAUAGGUAGACAAUCAAACCGCCAAUGGAUUAGGCCUAAAACUAAAAGUUCACAUCAAUAUUACUGACAUCCAGUUCCGGACAUAAUAAUUAUCUGAUAAAAAAUCAUAAGAUUGAAUUGUAAUUUAUUUUCUUGAUUAAAUUAUACAUAAAUUUUGUAUAUUUUACAAGAAUUUUUGAAGAAGUGAUACACUCAAUGUAUUCGUCAUACUUAGUUUGCUCUCGUUAAAGCAUGUUAGCAGUGUUACUGUUGGAGAAAACCAGUUUCAAAAUGUUUGAAACUUGUAUUUUGUGUUCCAAUUUGAAUAUAGAAAGCCUUCAAGGUAUUUGAACCUGAAGUUAUUUAGUAUUAUUAUGGAGCUAGAUGUUAAGUAUUUAAUGCUUUCAAAAUGCAGCUAGCCAGCUAGUUUGUUGGGUUUAUUUUCAUUUUUAUCAAAGAUAACAUUAUAAUAUUGUGUUUUAUGGCUAAUAUUGAAAA